AUGGGAGCCACUCCCUUCACCGAGAGAAUCUUCAAAGCAAAACUCCCUAAAGGCUUUGAUAAACCCACGAACAUGAAGUACGACGGAACCAAAGAUCCCCAGGAGCACUUAACGGCCUUCGAGGCCAGGAUGAACCUAGAAGGCGCUGCCGACGUCGUCCGAUGCAGAGCCUUCCCAGUAACCCUAGCUGGGCCAGCGAUCAACUGGUUCAAUGCCCUUCCCAACGGAUCCAUAACCAGAUUUCACGACAUCUCAUGGAAGUUCAUGGCCCAAUUCACCACCAGAAUCACCAAAGCCAAACACCCCAUCAGCCUAUUGAGAGUCAUGCAGAAACAAGACGAGUCCACAAGGAAGUACCUCAACCGAUUCAACGACGAGUGCCUGACAGUCGACGGACUCACAGACUCGGUCGCAAGCCUUUGCCUUACAAACGGACUCAUGAACGAGGACUUCCAAAAACACCUUACUACCAAACCAGUAUGGACUAUGCACGAAAUAAAAAGCAUCGCAAAGGAGUACAUAAACGACGAAGAAGUAAGCCAAGUCGUAGCCGCCAACAAACGGCAGCAUGGCAGCACACAACACGGCUUAUCGGCACCGCGGCAUAACCCCUCCCCCAGAGAGAAUCAGAAAGAACACCACAAGCCAAUGAACACAAACCGACCCCCCAGAGUCAGAAAAUUCUCCAACUACACACCACUGACAGCACCGAUCACCGAAAUAUACCACCAAAUAGCAGACCGCGGCAUCCUCUCGAAGGCCCGACAGCUAAAAGAGAGAACAGGCGGCAACAAGACCUUCUACUGCGACUACCACCGAGGAUACGGACAUAGGACACAGGACUGCUUUGAUCUAAAAGACGCCCUUGAACAAGCUAUACGAGAUGGCAAACUCCCCGAGUUUGCCAAAAUUAUCAGGGAACCAAGACGCGCGGAAAAGGAACGAUCACUAGAAAGAGAAGGACAUAACCCGAGAGCACAAAGACAAGGCCCCAGAGAAAGGCCGGAAGCCGACCCAACCAUUAUGGUGAAUGUCAUCACAGGCAAAGAUGUCCCGGGGAAAUCAAAAUCGGCACUAAAAAAGGACCUCAAAGUAAUUUCAGUCAGACAACAAAAUUCAACCACCACCGAUAAAGCAAUAACGUUCUCCCCCGAGGAUUGUCAGCACGGUACCUCGGCAGAAGAUGCCCCCUUCGUCAUCUCGGCAAAGAUCGGAACUGGACUAGUCAGAAGAAUACUAGUCGACACGGGAGCAGACUCCAACAUCCUUUUCAGAGGGGCUUUCGACAAACUCGGACUCCGCAACGACAACCUCCAAACACACCUCAAUGGAGUAACCGGGCUGGGGGAUAACUUCCUCAAACUGGAUGGCUCCAUUAUCCUCCCCCUUACCAUAAGGGAGACCACAGGAAGACAAUUCUGUCCGAAUUCGUAG